AUGGACGAUCAUGAACACUCUUCCCAGACAAUACGCCCAGGAUCGCUAUCACCAACAUCCACGAUAUCCGCACAGGCCCUCGACCUCAGCAGACUCCCGCCAAUUGCAAUCUUCACUGCGCAUCUGAAGGACGAGGAAGUGAAGCUGCUCAAGGAAACGUUGCGCCAGUACGACGCACCGCUUACUACCGAUGUCUCCAGGGCAAAGGUCUUUGUUGGGAAAGUGGGUACAAAGAGAAGGGCCGAGUUCGAAUUGAGGGCUCGAAAGCUGGUUGUUCAGGAAAUUGUCACCCCUAAACGGCCGGCUAGUCCUGUGAAGGCACAGGAUCACUCCAACAAGAGGCGAAAGAUUGGUAAAACGUCAGGUCGGUUAUCUGCGGACGGGGAAGACUCUACCACUGAGGAUGAGGCUGGCAACGGCCCUGAGACUGAGGACCACGUUCCUCUCUCGUCCCCUUCGAGAUCCGACAAUGGCUCACAGGCUCCGCUACUGUUCGAGGAUCCGUCUGACGAUACAAUCUGGGUCAUCAAGUUCGACUGGGUAGAAGCUUGUGUAGCCGCAGGUCAUCUACUUCCAUUGGGAGACAACUUGGUUUACACGGGUAAAGUGAUUGAACGACCUAAAUCAUUGAAUAGGAAGUCUAUCAAAGACAUAUUCGGCGCGCACACUAAAGUAGCGCCGGCAUCUCAGACUCUCUUGGCAACACGACCACAUCCAGUGCAAGACAUCUUAGACCGCGCAAAACUAGACAUGAAGACGACUACCAAGAAAAGUACCUAUCAGCCGCAAAGAUUCGGGAACCACACUUCUAGUCGCUUCGAUGGAAAGGCUUUCGCCCGCUCUUCCCAGCCUGUUGGUCACUCAUAUGCUUCACAAGCUGCACAGUUACUGCAGCAAACGACAAGUGAGUACGAAGGCGAGGAUAGCGAUAUCCCUGCAGCACCGGAUUGGGUGAAGAAGGGCGUCAAGUAUUCAUGUCAGCGCUUCACACCUGGUAACGGACCCAAUGAGGACUUCCUCGAUCAGCUCAAGAAGAUAAGGACUGCUCGAACAUUGAUCGACGACGACAUAGGUGUUCGUGCUUACUCAACCAUCAUCGCUUCUAUCGCUGCAUAUCCAUACAGACUUAGUCACCCCCGAGAGAUCGCUCAGCUACCGGGUUGUGACGAGAAAACUGAAGUUCUUUUUGUAGAGUGGAAGAACACUGGCAAGAUUCAAGCAGUCGAAGAUUUCGAGGCCGACGAAUCAAUGAAAGUCUUGCGUUCCUUCUACAACAUUUGGGGCGUUGGAGCCAAGACCGCACGCCAAUUCUAUUACAACAACCACUGGACUGAAUUGGAUGAUAUCAUCGAGUUUGGCUGGAACGACCUGGACCGAGUGCAGCAAAUUGGCGUCAAGUACUAUGACGAAUUCUUGGUCUCUAUUCCGCGCCCUGAAGUUGAGCAAAUCGCCGCUGUUGUUCGCGAACACGCUGUGAAGCUUCGCGACGAACGCAUUACUGUCACGAUUGUGGGCGGGUACAGACGUGGCAAGACAGACUCUGGUGACGUGGACUUGAUCGUGUCGCACCCGGAGCUAGAGAGUACAGCGGGCUUGGUUCGAGAGAUUGUCGAGUCAUUGGAGGAAUCUGAGUGGAUUACUCACACUCUUACGAUGAGCUUGAAGAACACUAAUCGCGGUCAACAUGCACUGCCUCUUCGAUCUGCAAAGGGAGCUGGCGCGGGCUUUGAUACGCUUGACAAAGCACUCGUUGUGUGGCAAGAUCCAGCGUGGCCUACUCGUGAGGAGGAUCUUGCAGAGAACCCAAGAGCGAAGAACCCUGCUAUUCACCGCCGCGUCGACAUCAUUAUUGCGCCUUGGCGGUCAGUUGGUUGCGCAGUCUUGGGUUGGAGUGGCGGUACCACCUUUCAGCGUGAUCUGAGGCGGUAUGCGAAAGCCAUCAAAGGCUGGAAGUUCGAUAGCAGCGGUAUCCGAAGUCGAAGUAACGGCGAAGCCAUGAUGCUGGAGGGGCCCGAUGGAGUCCAGGGUACGCCCGAAGAUGCUGAGAGGAAGGUCUUUGAAGGGCUAGGUCUGGAAUAUGUACCACCAGAGUAUAGAAUAACGUAUUGA